UCUUGCAUGUACCUUGGCCCCCAGUGGGUACCCCGUAUUUAUGUAUGUUCGUUUCGCUGGCUCUCCUCUGUGUCGCACAUUAAAUGGCCGUCGUGAAAUUCCAUUCGGUUUUCGUUGCGCAAACGCUCGGGCACAGGUCCCAAAUGGCCACCCCGAUCGGCAGUCUGCUGUGGUGAGCGCCGCGCAACCACCAGCACCACCAGCUUGACCACCGCGCGCGGUUUGGAACCGCACCGGAUACUGCCAAGCGACCGACGACGACGACGCGUUUGUCUCAGGGACACGAACCUCCCGAGCGAGCGCGCGAGCAAAAGUGACCAGAACAGUCUAUCAUUAGAGUAGUAGUUUUUUGAAACAGCACCAACACACCAUGGGCACCAUCGAAUGUCCCGUGUGCACCCUGUACCUCCGGGCCGACAUGAGCCUGGAGGACCACCUGGAGACGCACCCGAAGGAGAAGGUCAUCCAGGCGCUGGUGUCGAUGGCGAUGAAGCCGAAGGCGGCUGCGCCGCCGCAAGCUCCGGCGCCCCAACCCCAGCAGCUUGAGGUGGUCCGAUCGCGGACACCGCCCAACGCACUCAUGUACCACCAGCAAACCGGCAGCAAUAGUAGCAGUGGGGGUUACGAGCAGUUUCAGCAACAGCAGCAGCAACCGAUGAUGGCCGCCCCGGCGGCGAUCACCGUCGUCAAGGCGUCCGACAUGGGCGGCUACCCGAUCAACAAUGUGAUGAUCGUGAAGAGUUGCAGCACCAAGUUCGUGCAGCAGAUUCCGAGUGGGAGUAGCGCGGCGAAUGCCGCGUACGCAUCCGGUCCGAUCGAUGGCCGGAGCAUCUUCAUAGAACCCGAUCGCGGAGGAGGACCUCCGAGCGUGCGUCGCCAGUUGGCGCCGGGACCUUCGCUCUACCCGCCGCGUUACACCAACGAGCGCUACUCGGGCCCACCGCCGCCGUACAGUACGGCCAUUUCCUCCACGAUCUCCAGCGGUUCGCAGUCCUCGAUCAGCGGGUACCAGAAAGCGCCAGCGCCGCCGCCGCCGCAGGCGUUCUACCCGAACCCGCCACCUCCCAUAGUACAAAGCACGCCCACGAUCGCGCAUUACUACGCACCGCCCCCUCCGCCACCGCCAGCACCGGCGAUGCCGUCGACUUCGCGGAGCAACCUGCAGGCGCAGUACACCGAAAAGGACGACGGCAACUUUGUGGUGACGGAGAACCCGAAGAAGGUGGUCGAGUACACCGAGAACGACGAGGGGGACUUUAUGGUGAUCGAGAAGAUCAUCAAGUCGCCGCCGAGGAUCGUCCAGAUCGUGGAUGAGGUCGAGAAGGAGAAGGACGACUGUGGGGUGGAGGAGGAGGAGGAGGUUGAGCAGCGUGAAGACAGUGAGUACGAGAUGGAGAUCGAGGAGCAGUAUCAGGUUGAGGAGGUUCAGAAGGGGAAGGUUGAGGAGGUGGAGGGGGAGGAGGAAGAGGAGGUGGAGCAGCAGAUCGGUACGAUCCAGAUCGUGGAGAAUGAGGACGGGACGUUCGACGACAAUCAGCAGUACGGGUUGAAGGAGAUGCCGAAGCCGAUGUUGAUCGGAGGGAUUGGGGGAUCGCCGAAGAAGAGUCACAAGUUUAGCUUUAUUGUGGAACCGACGGCGUCGAGUUCGGGGGGAAGUUCUGCCGCGGGGAGUCCGUACACGCCGCGGAAGAAGCCGACCAGUGGGCUGAAGGUGCUGAGCAAUGUCAAGGUGACCACGGAUCUGUCCCAGGGCAUCAAGGACAUCAUACUGAACUUGAACUGCAAGAACAAGGGCGUGAACGUGGCGGGUGGUUCGAGCGGGACGUCCGAAGCUGCGGGCACGUCCAGCGGUGUUGGGAGUUUGAAGACGUCGCUGAUCACGGGCGUCGUGAACAACAACUGUCAGAACGAGCUUAUCAUCAACAACAUGCCUCCAAUUGAUCUCAACGAUGUGAACGACAUUGAAAUUAUCAACGACGACGAGGAGGAGCUGCGGCCGGGCGAGGACGAAGAGUGCUACAUCGGUUCGAUGGAGGUCAAAGCGGCCGAAGUGGCCGCACCAACAACGCCGACUCCGUCGGUCAUCACCAGUGUAAUCCGGAUGACCCCACACCCAUCUCCAGUUGUCGCACCGCCCUCUCCACCACCCCUACCCGCAAAGCUCGAAACGAUCGACCCCGAACCGGAAGAUCCGCCAAAACCAUCAACCAGCGAGGUGACGAUCACGAAGCCAACGCCACGCAAACCAACCCCACAACACCAAACCCCCUCAACCUCAACCGGUUCCCUAUUCCACAAACCACCGAAGAAGCUGACCGUCAAGCUCAAGACCCCGCUCCCGCCCGCCCCACCACCAACUCCUCCCCUCAUCCCCCAACUCAAGCAGGAAGAUCACCCGAUGGACCUCGAGCAACCAUCGACCUCCGAAGACUGCAAACCACCGCACGCGUACUUUGUCCCCGUUGAACCAACCCCGCCCGAGACCAAGUUCUGCCCGGUCGACGAACGGAUCUCACCGCCACCACCACCCCCCACCACCCUCACCCUGACCGAGUGCUCCUCCACGGAGACGAUCGCCGUCACCACGACCACCACCAAGAUCGAGGACGCGAUGCAUGCGAUCUCCAGCGAGACGAUCGUGUACACGCAGAGUUCGUCGCCGGAGGCGACCGCCGAGCAUCAUCAAGCCAGCAGUCCGGGACCUUCCGGGGUCGUCGAAACCACCACGACCUCGGUCGAGUACUACAACAUUACGAUCAUUGACGAUGAGGCCGCGGCCGCGGCCGCUCAGUCUUCUAAGCUGGAGCCGGAACUUCCCGAGGAGGGCGUUGUGAAACCGGAGCUCGAGCAGGAUCAAAAGUACGAGUACGAGCCCGAGCGGGAGCCGGACUCUCCCGGUUCGAGCGGGUCCGACGAGCAGCAGGAAACGAAGAGUUGCAUCAAGGUUGAGAAGAUGGAGGUGAUGGAGAGUUGCGCGAUCGCGCCUCCCGUUGACGAGAGUGAGAAAAAGAUUUUGGUGACGAAGGUGGAGCCGGGAAGCGGACCGGACGACCACAAGGACUUCCUCGAGGCUGGACCAUCGAGGACGGUGGCGACUACGGUGACGACGGAGGGUGAGGGCAGCAGUAGUAGCAGUAGCAGUGGUGGUAGCAGCAGCAGCAGCAGUUCCGCUGUGGCUUCGUCGUCGCAGGCCGUCGUGGUGAGUUCGGCUGGGCCAACAUUCCUGGAGUAUAGUGCGGAGUACGAUGACUACGUGCCGGUCACCAGUUACGGGAUGCCGCAGGAGCAGAUUCCGCUGUCGUGGGUGCAGAAGUUUAGUCCGCAGUACACGCCCUUUGACGAUCAGAACUCGUACAUGGACCUCGAUCAGACGGACAGUAAAACCAACUCGAACAGCGUGGGAGGAAAUAGCAGCGCCACGAGUAGUGGUGGAAGUGGCAGCAGGAUUGAAACCAGCAUGGACCGGGCUCCGUCGGCGGAAAGCUUGAAUAUCCGAACCGACGAGAAGAUGCCCGCCAAGGGGGAGAUCUCCGAGCAGGAGAGUAACGGGGAUAUGGAGUUGUCGUGGAAUCGGUUAUACCCGGUACACGAAAACAUCCCAAUCUACCCGAGCUCGUACGACCUGUCGACGGCGCAAGAGUGCUGGAACUUGAGCAACCGUACCAGCACCGUAACCGGCCUGAACCAGGAUCACCACCACCAGGGGCUGGGACAGCAUGGUCAGCAGCAUCACCACCACCAUCACCACCAGUCGUCUUCGUCUUCGUCGUCUCACCACCACCGCCAGCAACAUCAGCAGCCGCAGCAGCAACACGGUCAUCAACACGGGAUCAGUUUUCAAUUCGCCUCCCACGAUCAACCCCGGCACGCCGACGAGGACGACGAUGACGGGCUGGUGGACGACAAGUCCAAGAUCCACCUGGAGUACGGCGGCGAAGGAGGCGCCGCAGGCGCCAGCGGCAGCGGAACCAACAACUACCUGGGCGCGUCCUCGUCCGCCACGGACCACAAGCUGGUGGCCAAGGUGCGCACGUACCGCUGCACCGAGUGUCCCAAGUCGUUUGCGCUGCUGAAGCAGCGACGCGCGCACAUGCAGGCGGAACACCACGAGGUCGUGGUCGAUAGUAAGUUGAACGUGCUGGCGACGGCGGCGUCGGCGGUCGCUGCGUCUGCGACGGUCACUUCCGGGGCGUUCUUUUCGAACCCAGGCGAGGGGUCGAGUGGGACGGCGGCGGCGAGUGGGGCGACGGCGACGUUGUUGAGCAAGAAGAUCAAGAUUGAGCCGCAGCCGGUGCUGAUGAGUUACAGCUCGCUGAAGCAGGAGCUGGAGCAGAAGCAGGAAGGUGGAGGUGGGGGUUUGGAUGUGGCUGGACCGUCGACUUCCGGGAUGGGGUCUAGUGGUGGGUUGGGCGCGAGUGGUGGCGAGGUGAGGCGGAAACGAACGUACGUCUGUGGGACGUGCAAGACCGAGUUUGAUCGGUUUAAGCUGUUCAACGCGCACUUGAUGACGCAUCCGGCGGAAUGUUACACGUGCGGGCGCAGCUUCAAGCACUGGCCAAACUUUGCGCUGCACAUUAAGCGUCACCUGGGAAUUAAGGACCACCAGUGUCGGUUGUGCGGGAAGAAGUUUGUCAUCAAGCAGAAGCUGAUCGAGCACAUGCGGGUGCACACGGGGAAGGCGCCGAUCAAGUGUCCCGACUGCGAUCAGCACUUCCGGCGGUUCUCGAACCUGGCCCAGCACCGCAACCGUCACCACCUGAACAAGGUCCCCUCGAAGAAGGACUUUGUGUGCCACUGCGGCGAAGUGUUCCAAUCCAAGGCCAAAAUGGAGUGGCACAAGGAGAUCCACGAGAACAAACCCAAGAGCUGUCCCUUCUGUCGGGAAAAGUUCAUCCACAAAAACAGCCUAACCCGGCACAUCCGGCUGUCCCACACGGAAAAGUACGUCAAGCUGGAAACCGCCACCGAGAUGUGCACGAUCUGCAACCAACCCUACAUCAAAACCAGCAUGAAACGUCACAUGGAAACCCACACGGACGAACGCCUCGCCUACUCCUGCACCAUCUGCAACAAGCUGUUCAGCACCAACUGGAACCUGAAGCAGCACAAGUGGACCCACGCCAACCCCACCCUCAAACCGUUCCAGUGCAACCUCUGCUCGUCGGGCUUCGUCCGCGAAGCCGACUACAUCACCCACAUGAACGCCCACAAGUCGAUCCGCCCGUACACCUGCAACCACUGCGGCUGCCAGUUCAUCCGCAAGUACAACUGGAUCCGGCACACGCGCGAGCACGAAACGGAAAAGAACUACACGUGCGAGAUCUGCAACCGCAAGUUCCACCGGAAGUACUACCUGACGGAGCACAAGCGGAUACACACCGGCGAGCGGCCCUUCUCGUGCAACAUCUGCGGCAAGACGUCCUCCACCAAGACGAACCACAACAAGCACAUCAAGAUCCACCACGCGCGCGAUCCGCUGACGGCCGAGGGUUAAGGAAGGUGGCGGCGCAACGACGACGACGGUGUCAGUUCCUUGGAGAACCGCGUAGACGACGACUAUGUAGUGAAACAGCCGUACUAAGAAGAUUAUUAUUUUUUUCGUUUGCGUUUUGGGACUGGUGGGACAUUUCUUUUUUGGGAAAAGGGUGAAUUGUACCAUUUUGGGAAUUGUACAAUGACUAGAAUUUAUCAAUUUUGCUUAAUUUGGACAAACAACUCAACUGAAAUAAAAUUAUUUCAAACUUAUUUGAUGGCCUGAUCGUUGCACUAAAUCAAAAUGUUUCGAGUUAUUGUCAGCCCAUGGAAAGCAUCCUGGAAGAAAUUGUGGCGAUAUUACGGCCCAAAUUCUUCUUGCCGGCCAGGCCUACUGCGUUGCGUUAAGCGGAGAGACGGAUUCUGUGAACGAAUCCACAUUCCACUGAAUCAACAGGGAAGUAAGGAUGCGUGGACAUACUGUACCAAAUCAUCCCAGUUAUUUUUUAAGGCUGUUGAUAUUUAAUAUAAUCUGUCUGAGUUUUAAUUCAAAUUUAACAUGAUUUUUUGUCUAAUCUACAAAAAAAAAAAAUUUUUAGCACUAAGGCCAAACUUUUUGUCCUAGACUCUAGCCGAGGUCGGGGGUGAGAGCAAAAAUAAAAUAAAAAUGAUUAGAUUGGAAAAUAUUUGCAGUUCAAAAUCAUAAAAAAAUAUUUUUUUAUCUAUUUCUGUAAAAUGUUGGUAAAAUUCAGAUAUUUUUUUAGAAUAAGUUAAUUCUAGAUUAAACUUUCAAAAGGUCAUAUCUGCAUAGGAAACCCAUGAUGGAUAGGUUGUUUUGAAAAUUUAACCUAGAAUUUAAUUUUCUCUAUUGUUUUUAAAUUUUAUAUUCUAUUUUUUUUUAUUUCGCGGUUUGUAAAAUAAAAGGGUUCUCCGCCAACUCACGAAAUCAGAAAAAGUUGCCCCGAUCCCUAUUUGAUUUGCGUGAAAUUUUGUCCUAAGUGUUAACUUUUGUCCCUGAAUACGAAUCCGAGCUCCAUUUGUCGAUAUAUCAUGGUGGAGGUGCGGUACGACUGCUUCCAUUUUUUGACGUUCGAAAAAAGACGUGUUUUUCAAAAAUUAGCAGCCUGAAAUGGCGAUGCUUUGGAAAUUUGGUGUCAAAGGGACUUUUAUAUAAAAUUGGACGCCCAAUUUGAUGGCGUACUCAGAAUUCCUAAAAAACGUAAAAAAUACAAAAUUGUUUUAAAAAAUUUGCCAAUUUUCGAUAUUUGAAUUGGGACAUGAAAUUAAAAAAUAAUUAAUACUUUUCGAAUCUGCAAUAACGUCAUCAAAUCUUCCAAUUUUACAUAAAAGUCUCUUUGACACCAAAUUUGCAUAUUUAGAGUUUUUUUUUUGAAAAAGUUACUAAAUGUUUAUAUGUUUAUAGGAUCUAUAAAAAAAACUCUAGGAUCAUUUCAGGUUGCAAAUUAAUGAAAAAAACGUAUUUUUAAGAACGUUAAAAAAAUUUAAGGGGUCAUACCUUCAGCGAAAGGAUUCACAUUUCUCAAAAUUAACAAGGGAGUAAGGAUGCGUGAACAUACCGUACCGAAUUCUCUGAGUUUAAUUUAUAAAAUGGUGUGUGACGUGAUGGGGGCUUUGUUUUUCGUUGAACACGAGGGAAGUUAUAUUUUUUAAGGAAUCCAAAAUUUUGCCAAAGGGUGACUUACCCUUUCCCAUCUUGGGACGUGAUAAUCAAGUACCUAUCUUGAGUUCUUCGUCAUGGUGAUUAUGUUUGUAGCAUUAACAUUGCGCUUUUUUCAACUGGAUCAGUAAAAUCAAAUGGAAAUUAGGUAGUCUAACUAAAAAAAAGAGCAUUUUUUUGAAUAGUAAAAAAAUAUCAAAUUUCAAAGAAAUUUGUUGAAAAUUAUAUUAAUAUUUUUAUUUAUUUUGAAUUUUUGUAUAACUAUGAUAAUUUCAUAAAAUAUGUAAUUAACAUGUUCUGUAAUGUUGAAAUUUUUAUAUUCAACUUUUUAAACUUUAAAUAGUUUUUAAUUCUCGCCGUUUAUAAUUAUUUUCGAAAAUUUAAAAUUAGAAUUUACAAAAUUAUGAUUUAACAUUUUAUAUAAUUCUUAAAAUUGUUUUUUUUUCUAACAUAAAAAACUAAAAUGAUUUGCCAUUUCAACUCAAAAAAACAAGAAUUGAAUUAAGAUGGUUUAGGGAUUUUCAUGCAUUAUUUUUUUGUAGUUAUGCAUCAACACUUCCCGUGCUCCUAAUCCUUAUUCCUAGCCCAAUGAAUGAUGGAGAUGGGAGCGGUCGGCAAUGGAUGGCUUUCAUGGUGCUGUCUGUUCGGGUAGAGUUGAUUUUUACACCCUUUAAUAAUUUUCCAAGCAAGCUGGAUAAUCAUCACAUAUACAUGACGAAAUCCAGUUCUCAACCCGCUAACAUCACCAUCUUCAUGCGAAUGAUUUUUUUUUUGUAGUUAUGAAUUUAGUAAGUAUUAUUUUUGAAUUUGAUAGAAAGUCUAAAAUGUUCAGCAAGUAAAUAAAAAAAAUAGAAGAUACAAAAGGCAAGAAAUGUUAUGAAAAUAAAAAAAGGCAAAAACGCUGUUUCUUUAAAAUUUAUUGACAUUAAGGUUUCGGUAAUUCAGUAAUUUCGGAAUUGACAUUAAGGUUUCAAAGUAAAUUGAAAGAAGAUUUCAUAAUACUUAUGAUCUUUUUUUUUGUGAAAGAUGUUGUAAAAGGCAUCUCGAAAAAUAAAAAAAAUAAAAUGCUAAACCAUUUCUUAAACCAAUGGAAAAGUGAUCGUCAAAUUUCGUUUGUCAGACAAUUUUACCUGUAUGUCCAUAUUAAUCACUGUUUUAAAAUUCGAAAUUUGUUAAUCCUAGAUUUUAAUUUUUUUUUGUUUUGAUUUUUAAUAUUAGAUUUUUUGAAAUUCUGGUUUUUACAUUUUUUAUAAUUUAUUGGCGAUUAAAUAUUUAUAAAGUUAAAAAUUAAAUAUUUACAAUCGUCGAUCCAAAUAUUUCAAUUGCAACUUAAGAUCGCUUUUAAUAUUAAUUUAAUUUUCAAUUUUUAACGCUUUUUGUUCUUUUUUAACAAAAAAGUAUAUGUGUGUUUGACACAAAUAAUAUUUUUUCAAAGAACUUCGAAAACCACUAUCAGAUAUAUAAGAGACAAAUAGAACCAUCGGCGUGCCUUCCACGCUAAGAUGCUAAGGAACGGGCUUUAUUGACCGUUUUGAAUCGGUCAACAUCAAAGUGCAAAAGAUCGAUUUCUAAUCAUUUUGCGAUCGAAAUUUCGUUAGUCUCGAUAUAAAUUCGUUACAUUUUGAUCAAGUGCAAUAAUCUGGUUAUUUGUUUGGAUUACCGAUCGUCAAUAAAAAAAAUCUUUCUGAAGGAAGAGUCCUGCCAGAAUUUCCAAAACGUGUUUAUAUAUAUAUUUUGAGAAUCAAAAGCAACUGAGCGUUAAGUAGACAAUGAAGCAAACAAACAAAAAAAGAAGUAGCUCAUAAUUUUAUUUAUUUUAGUUUAUGAAAGUAAAGAAAAAACAACCUCUAUCGUACUAGGGCGACCGCGAUGGGAAAACCUUACAAUUUGAUAAGAAACAAAUAUAAAACUAGCGUAAAAAAAAACUAACAAAAAAGCAAAGAACUGAAUCCAUUAAAAACUACUACAACAAAAAACCAGCAGGACCGUUCAGAACAGAGAACAUGUUCGAAAAAAUAGAUUCGACGACGGCCAAAACCAGCACCACCAACAAUGAAAAAAAAAAACAACCCAGAACUGACUGCGCGCACCGUAGCAAAAUAAUAAACAGAUUGUAAAACAUGGUUCUGGUGGCAAUUAGUUUUUAAAAACACUCUUCAAACUAAAACUACACAAAUACACAGAGAGAAACAAAAAAAAAAUAGUACGUAAGACUACUACUACUAACACUAAACCAAGCCGAAAGAAGAAAAGCUGAAACCUGGAAGGCAAAUGAUGAUGAUGAUGAUAACUUUUAAGUGCAAUAGUUAGGGGACAGAUUUUUUAAAUUUUUUCGUUUUCUAGGCACAUUUUUUAAACUAAUUCGCGAAAAGUACACAAACAUAUUUGAACCAGACUGGCCCCCGCCCGAUUUAUUACGUUUAGUGUGGACAUCUUCCAGCGUGUUUGUUUCCAGUUUUACUUCUUUUGCAGCGAAAAAUUGUAAAUAUAAAACCUUUCAAUAAUUGUGUUUUUAUCAAUUUUCUCCCCUCACCCCUCUUAAGUUUUUCUAUACUGUUAAGAAUGCCCUUAGUUCAAUUGAAUCACGCAAAAUUGCUCACGUGUACGUUUCUCAUCGAUUGCAAAAACACACACACAUUACUCAUACCAACAAACCACAAUUAUAAGCAAAACACACACACACACACAUGUUCUAUCAUGCUCCUUGAUAAUGGAAACAAAAUGACUAUUUAAUAGCAGUUCAAUGUUAUUAACCUUUAAAAGAAAAUUGAAGCAACUAAUCAUCAAUACAUUAUCAAAACAGAAAGCAAGAAUAUUCUCUCACCAGUUUGCCUCGUUCAUUAUUCAUCAUUUUCGUCAUAAAGAAAAAAAAAACAAAAAACUAGCGCAUGAAUUGUAAUUUAAUAAUAAAGAAGAAAGCAAAAAGUGGAUGAAAAAACGGCGAUUAAGCGUUAGAGAGAAGUAAAUUAAUGCAUAAUUAAUAGGUGUAAUAACGACAGAAAGUAAAGCAAAAACAAACACUCUCACACAACACACAAUUACAACAAACUAUGGGUAGCGUUUAGUAAUCCUCACACACAUACAGACAAACACAAAAAAACAGCAUAGUAACUCAUACUCAAGAAAUUAAAACCAUUACAGGCGAGAACAAAACAAAAAAAAAAAGAAGUCAAAGUGAAUUUAUAGCAGCGCGUUACGGCAGAAAAAAAAACAUUCGGAAACACGUUAAAAAUAACAAAUAAAUUAAACAAAACAAAAAAA